AUGCCUCAUUGGAAAAAAAACCAAGAUCCGAUAAUUGGUCGUGAACCAAAUUCCUCGGUGGUUUUUCAUGCAUUACCUAGACAUGAUAAAGAUUUGCCACUCGACGCAAUGGAGGGAAAACCCCUAACAAAAGAAGAUAAAUGGCAAGACGAUGAACAUCUUGUACAUCCCCCUGCUUCAAACGAUCCAAAAGGAAUUGUCGGUCGUUUACAAAAGGAUGUGGAGGAAGAAGACAAGAGGAUCAACAUCUCGAAAGCAGAUUUAAACAAGAGGCAGUAA